CACACAGUCUGCUCACAGUAAGUAGGGGUUCCGAGGUAUGAGAUAUCUAUAUGCAAGGAUUUUAGAUAUAAAUUCAGUAAUAUCCUGUAUCUUUUUAUCUCAGCAACCCAGAAAGUAUUCUACAUCUAUACACUCCGCCAAUCUUCCCGAGUAUAUCACGAAGCACCAUGCUUGGGGUUUCGACCAACCAAAGGCGGGGUUCAUGAUCUCACCCUUCCAGACCCAGUUCCAGAUCUGGUUUGCAAAGGCACUCGGGGCCAAGAGAAUCCUCGAGAUUGGUUGCUACAUCUCGGAAAAGCCAAGGGAUUUUCCGAAGCAUUCGGUCCAGAUGGUCACGUCACAACUCUCGAGUUCGACCCGGAAUACGCCCAAAUGCCACCCCUAAAGAGCUUUCAACUGAAAAGGGGGGAAGAGCCGAGCAGUUGGUCGCUCUGGAUAGGUUCAACAAGGACCUUGUUCAGAACGAGCGACUCUCAAGUCUGAGACCUUCCUGCUCCCACUAUUCGACGGGCUGGGAAUGGGGAGGCUGAAGGAUUAGUAAGGCUACGAGUAUAGUUAAUACUGUAGCCUACCCAUCUCGAGCAAAGUCUCGCCAGAAAUAUAGUUACACCAACAUCUUUAUCUACCUCUCAUUGGUGUCGUUCUCCGA